GCUGCUCUAGGGGGAGAGGCGGCGGCGGCGACUACGGCGAAGGAAAAUGCUUGGACAGAAGAGAUGAAUACUAUAUUCACUAAGGCCUAGAACUGCCUAUUGAACAACAGUCCUGAUUAGGCAAUACACGAAUGGCCCAAGGAAGCCACCAAAUUGAUUUUCAGGUUUUACAUGACCUGCGACAAAAAUUUCCUGAGGUACCUGAAGUUGUUGUGUCCAGGUGCAUGUUACAGAAUAAUAAUAACCUGGAUGCCUGUUGUGCUGUUCUAUCACAAGAGAGUACAAAGUAUCUUUAUGGUGAAGGAGACUUGAAUUUUUCGGAUGAUUCUGGGAUUGCUGGUCUACGAAAUCACAUGACUUCUCUUAACCUGGACUUGCAGUCACAAAAUGUGUAUCACCAUGGAAGGGAAGGAAGUAGAAUGAAUGGAAGUAGAACUCUAACUCACAGUAUCAGUGAUGGACACCUCCAAGGUAGUCAGUCCAACAGUGAAUUGUUUCAACAGGAACCUCAGACAGCACCAGCUCAAGUUCCACAGGGCUUUAAUGUUUUUGGAAUGCCCAACACAUCUGGCACUUCAAAUUCAACACCACACCUUGGAUUUCACUUAGGCAGCAAAGGAGUAUCUAACCUUUCUCAACAAACUCCAAGAUUCAAUCCCAUUAUGGUAACUUUAGCCCCAAAUAUUCAGACUGGUCGUAAUACUCCCACAUCUUUGCACAUACAUGGUGUACCUCCACCUGGACUUAAUAGUCCACAGGGAAAUUCUAUCUACAUUAGGCCUUACAUCACAACUCCUAGUGGUACAACUCGACAGACACCACAACAUCCUGGAUGGGUGUCUCAGUUUAAUCCCAUGCACCCUCAACAAGUCUACCAGCCUUCACAACCUAGUCCCUGGACUACUUAUCCUGCAUCUAAUCCUAUGUCACAUACCUCAACACAACAGACAAACCAGCAAGGCCAUCAGACCUCUCAUGUCUAUAUGCCUAUCAGUUCACCUACUACGCCUCAACCACCAACAAUUCAUUCAUCUGGUAGCUCACAGUCUUCUGCCCAUAGCCAAUUUAACAUUCAAAAUAUCUCAACAGGACCUCGCAAAAACCAAAUUGAAAUCAAACUUGAACCUCCACAAAGAAACAAUUCUUCAAAACUGCGUUCCUCUGGACCUCGAACCUCUAAUAAUCCCUCUUCUGUCAAUAGCCAUACAUUAACUCGAAGUCAGCCCACUGUUUACAUAGCUGCCAGCCCCCCAAAUACAGAUGAGGUGAUAUCCCGCAGUCAGCCCAAGGUCUAUAUUUCUGCUAAUGCCACCACAGGAGAUGAACAGGUUAUGCGGAACCAGCCCACUCUCUUCAUAUCAACGAACUCUGGAGCAUCAGCUGCUUCCAGGAAUAUGUCUGGGCAAGUAAGCAUGGGCCCUGCCUUUAUUCAUCACCAUCCACCCAAGAGUCGGGCAGUAGGCAACAACACCACUGCAACUUCUCCUCGAGUGGUGGUCACCCAGCCUAAUACAAAAUAUACUUUUAAAAUAACAGUUUCUCCAAAUAAGCCACCUGCUGUUUCUCCAGGGGUGGUGUCCCCAACCUUUGAACUUACAAAUCUUCUAAAUCACCCUGAUCAUUAUGUAGAAACUGAGGGUAUUCAACAUCUCACUGACCCUGUUUUAGCACAUGUGGAUAGGAUCAAUGAGGCCCGGAAACUGAGUAUGGGAUCUGAUGAUGCUGCCUACACGCAAGCUUUACUGGUACACCAGAAGGCCAGGAUGGAACGGCUUCAAAGAGAACUUGAGAUUCAGAAGAAAAAGCUGGAUAAACUAAAAUCUGAGGUCAAUGAAAUGGAGAAUAACCUAACUCGAAGGCGCUUAAAAAGAUCGAAUUCCAUAUCCCAAAUUCCUUCACUUGAAGAAAUGCAGCAGUUAAGAAGUUGUAAUAGACAACUGCAGAUUGACAUUGACUGUCUAACCAAAGAAAUUGAUCUUUUUCAAGCCAGAGGACCACAUUUUAAUCCCAGCGCAAUCCAUAAUUUUUAUGACAAUAUUGGAUUUGUAGGUCCUGUGCCACCAAAGCCCAAAGAUCAAAGGCCCAUUGCCAAAACACCAAAAUCUCAAGACACAGAGGAAGAUGAGGGAGCUCAGUGGAGCUGUACUGCCUGUACCUUUUUGAAUCAUCCUGCCUUAAUCCGUUGUGAACAAUGUGAGAUGCCAAGGCAUUUCUGAGCCAAAAGGCCCAAUAUCUUCUCUAAAAAAACCAUAACAAAUUUUCAAGGAACUGUUCUAUUAUUGGGGAAAAAAUGUUUCAUUGAUAACAUAAGAUUUUGCAAAUUUGAAGGUGUGACAAGAUGGUGUUUUGCUUAUGUUAAAAGGCAGCCCACAGAGAUAAUAAUACCUCAGUGUUGUGUUGCAGGCAGUUGAAAUUCAUCACAUGGAAGGUAAUCUACUGAAAGACUUGGUUGCCAGCUGCCUAAGCCAUGGACAGUAUUAACAAUAUCCCAUUAAGGAUAACUCUUGUGUUCAAUACUUAGGUGUUCCCAAAACACCUUUUCCCACUAUGUCACUACUGAAUUUUGACAGGGAAAAGGAAUAGAAUGGUAGCUUUUUUUUUUGUUUUUUGUUUUUUAAACUUUCAGUGAAACACUACAUAGAUGGAAAAAAAUUAAAAAGGAACAAGAUUUAACUAUUUAAACUGUUUGCUGACACUUAGUGCCAAUGGAUAGGGGAAGAACUUGACAAUUCUGUGGUACUCUUGGCCUUGUCUUUGUCUUCCCUGAAAACAUCUCUACUCUGUGAAGUUAGCAUCAGUCCAGUCAUGUCUAAAGAUGGGAAGGGAAACAGAGUGCAUUGUCUAUAGAGGACAAAUGGUGAAAUACCUUUGCUUUUCUUACUGUACAUAGCUCUAGAGCCUGCUUUAAAUGACUUCUUUAUUAUUUUCUUGUAUUUCUCGAUGUAUAGUGUAAUAGUCUUUUGUUAACUUUCUUUUUUCCCUUUAGUGAUUAAGCACGGUGAUGUCCUUUUUUAAAGCUUUAUCUGAAAGAAGCAAUGCCUUAAAAUAAAAGAGCAUUAAUGAAA